GUUUGCAUUGCUGACUGACCUACCCAUUUCUACAAUGGAACGACCUACCGUGCGUUUUUGGGUAUCAGUGAGGUCACGUCAUUCUUGCGUAUAGCGUUCACUCGACGAGCUGCAACAACGUUACGGACUCGCUUCAAUAUGGCGAAACUUAUCACCGUUUUCGGAGCAACAGGAUCACAGGGAGGGUCUGUCGCCAGCGCCCUGCUAGAAGACCAGGAUUUCAAAGUCCGAGCUGUGACGAGAAACGCCUCUAGCGACAAAGCCAAGGCACUGCAGGAGAAAGGUGCCGAGGUCGUUGUGGCAAGUCUGGACGAUCCGAGCACACUGGAACCUGCCCUGAAAGGUGCUCACGGAGUCUUUGUGGUGACCAACUAUUGGGAACAUAUGGACAAGGAGAGGGAACUCAAACAAGGCAAGGCCGUAGCGGACGCGGCCCGAGCUGCCGGGGUGCUGCAUGUGGUGUUCAGCGGCCUGGAGAAUGUUCAGAAGAUCGCGGGGUUUCCCUGUCCGCACUUCGACGCCAAGGGGCAGAUAGAGGAGUACAUGACGUCACUCGAACUGCCCGUGACCUUCGUGAGGUACUCCUUCUACUACGAAAACUACACCAGCUUAAUGAAACCACAGAAACAGGAGGAUGGAACGUACGUUUUGGGUGUCCCUAUGGAAGGCGCUGCGAUGGACGGGGUCAGUGCGGGAGACAUGGGUCCGGCUGUCAGGGAGGUCUUCAAGAACUGGGCCGAGUGGGUCCGCCGGUCUGUCGGUUUCAGCGGAGACAAACUCACCAUUCAGCAAUACGCAGACAUCCUCUCCAAACACCUGGCACCGAAGGUGUUCAAGGCUAGCGACAUGACAGCUGAUGCGUUUGGCCAGCUGGGUUUCCCUGGAGCUGACGAUCUGGGAAACAUGUUCAAGUUUUACCGACUUCACAACCCUGACCGGAGCGCCGACCUGACCCGCCAGCUGCACCCCGCCGCCAAGACCUUCGACACGUGGGUGGGAGAGAACAAGGACGUGCUACAGAACGCCCUGGACUAGCUCUAGUGUCUGUAGCGACAGAUUCGAAGAAGAUUUAGAUGACUCGUCAUGUGAAAGACAGGGUGUUCUUAUCUUACGUCUGAGCUAAACAUACUCUAGAGUCUAGACGCUUUUUACAUUUAGAAUGCACAAUAGAAUGCACAAUAAAUAAACUGUAUAAUCCUAGAACUGUUGUUUAUUUCUUCGUAUUUACCACAGAUUGACUACUGCGAUAAAAUUUUGUAUCUGGCGAAUAAAGAGAUGUUUCCCUCGUCGGUCAAGUAUUACAUUUUUAUUGUUAAAGGAACUUCUAAAAAUGAUGGACGUCUUCUGUCCAAACUAAGUCUCCCAGCGACCUGUCAGGUCAUACACCGUUUCUACCAUCUAGUAUUAUAGUACUCUUUGUCAUCUGCUGAUCAUGAAGACUAUCACAAUGAUCAGUACAUUGUACAUUUGCAAUAUAUCAGAAUAAAAGUGUUGA